GUUGUCGUGUCGUUUAAGAAAUCAGAAGAAGAGUAUUAUGAUUUCCGAUCUUCCCCAAGAGUUGGAAUCAGAAAAUACUCUCUAGGGUUCCGUCCAAGUCUCUCGCAAAACUACAAACUACUUGCAAACGAUGGUACGCUUUAUUCAAAGAUCCAAAGUUCGUGAUGAAGAACAACAACUUGAGUAAAGCAUCGAAAGAGGUGAUGCUACUUUUAGACUAUAGGGCUUACUCGAUUAACGUUAGCAGAGUCGAUGCAUCCAUGGAGUUUACAGGUAAACUUACCCGUCUAAAAGAUUCAAAAGACGUAAAGUUAUCUCGAAUCUGGCACUGCAACGGAUUGAUAUUGUGCUGCACGAAGGAUAUCAAAAGACUCGUGGUUUGGAACCCAUGCACCGGUGAAACCAGGAGCAUCAAACCCAGCAAGUUUUACCGGAGGACUGAUAGUUAUGCUUUUGGAUGUGGAAACAGUUCUUGCCACGAUUACAAAAUCUUGAGGUGUAGCAGUUAUGGCAGUUGUGUCGAUUUUCACCAUCAAGUUGUUCUCAAUUUUGAGAUGUAUGAAUUUAGCACUGAUUCAUGGAGGGUUCUUUACGGUGUCACUGAUAAAUGGAGGUUACAUUGUUCUGACGAUGUUGUGUCGUUGAAAGGAAAUGCUUACUGGAUUCAUUUCGAUAGAGGAGCUGAGCAUGAUUGGAAUGUCCUACUCAGUUUUAAUUUCACAACGGAGGUAUUUGUGUCUUUGCCUCUUCCGGAUUAUCAGAAGCAGCAUUGUGAGUAUAGAGAUUUGCUUAUAUCGGUUGUUAGAGAAGAACACCUCGCCGUGUUACAUCACGUUGUUGGAACAUUCUUGACAGAGAUGAAUGUAUGGUUAAGCAAUAAGAUCACUGAAGGCAAAGAAGUGUCUUGGAGCAAAUUGUUAGUAUUCAGUUUUGAUAAACUUAGUUUACCACGACGUUACUCGGAUGAGAUGACAUUCUGGGUGGACGAGGAGAAUAAAGUGGUAGUCUCUUGUGUAAGAGACAUGGAAGGUGGUGAUCACUUUUACAUUGUUGGAGAGGGUUUACAUAAGCAAGUUUAUGAAGUUACAGAGGCAUCUUGGAUUUGGCCAUGUCUCCUGGGUUAUGUACCAAGUUUGUGUCAUAUCCCCAAGGCAAAAGAAGAAGAAAACCGAAUCGGGAACAUAACCAUAUAGUAAAUGGAUAAAAGAUAGUUUUUGUUGUCUCUCUCCUUUUUGUUGUCUGAACA